GCUGAUUUCAUAACGUGAGGAGGAAGAGAGGAAUGGGGCUUUGAGCUCGGAUCAACAGCAGCAGACCCCGGCAGGCUCCGUGCACCACCGCUGUUCCGUUUCCCUCCCGGGCCAUGCAGAAGGUGCAGUAGAGGAGAUGCGGUAGUGGAGGCUGCUGAUGCUGCGGUCCGAUCAGCUGUUAUUUGCGUCUUAAGCAUCAUCGCCGCGACGGCCACAGAGAUAGAGAUCAAGCUCCUGGAAGCCAGGGACACCGCAGAGCGGAUAACAGAGGAUGGAGUUCAAGCAUCUGGUGGAGGCGGCGGAGAAGUGGUGCUCCGGUAACCCGUUCGACCUCAUCUUCGCCGAGGAGGACGACGAGAGGCGGCUGGACUUUUACGCAGAGCCCGGCGUCUCCUUCUACGUGCUGUGUCCCGGCGGCACCGACAGCUUUCAUGUGUGGAGCGAGAGCGAGGACUGCCUUCCCUUCCUCCAGCUGGCCCAGGACUACAUCUCCUCCUGCGGGAAGAAGACUCUGCUGGAGGUGCUGGAGAAGGUCUUCACGUCCUUCAGGCCUCUGCUGGGCCUUCCAGACAUCGAGGACGACAGCUUCGAGCACUACCACGCCGACAUGGAGGGGGAACCUGGGCCCGACCACCAGCAGAUGGGGGUCAGCCAGCAGUGAUAAUCCCCAGGAAGAGAGGCCUGAGCCGGGGCUGAGCACCUCCAAAGUCCCCCUCUCCCCUCCCCUCCCUCCUCCCCUCCAGGGCCUCGACACAUUAGCCCGAUCACUUAACAACACACACACACACACUCACACACACUCAUACAUACUGACUUGCUAAAAAA